UGAUCCAGUGUGCUUCCAGCAGAGAAAAGAAGGAUCCUUCUCCAGGAGAACGGAGUAGCAGCGAGUGUGGGGUUUCGUGUGUAUAUAAAUAAAAGGACUCUAUCCGUAAAGUGUACAGAAACAAAAGUUUUCAACCAAACAAACGUAGAAUGAAUUCCGUGUUGCGAUCCGUGUGUGCCGUCGUGGUGCUAAGUGCGGUGGUGCUGGGUGCCUCCGAGGACUAUCAGACCCAAGGAUUACGUGCCAUCGCGCGGAUGUACGACGAGUGCUCCAAGGCGGAAGCCGGUUUUUCGCCGUGCUUGAAAAAACGCGCCAUUACCUUCAUCGACCGGUUGAGCCGUGUCGAAUCGCUCAGCAUCGGUGACAUGAAGGUGAUUCGGAAUGAGCGUGCUGCCGGUGUGCAGGAUUCCAAACCACUGACCGAGAACGAACUCGAACAAAGCCUUCCCCGCGGGCUGGAGGCACGCGACGAAGCACUGACCAACAUCCUGCUGGAGAAGAUUGCCGGUGUGUUCAGCAGCCGGACGAUCCAGAUCAGUUUGCCGAAACUGUCGAGCGACGAACUUGGCCGCGGGCUGGAAGAAGGUCGUGGCAAAAUGAAGAAAAUGAUGAGCAUGAUGAUCAUGGGCUUCAUGAUGAAGAUGGCCGCCAUGGUGCCGGUUGCGAUUGCUGGACUGUACCUGCUCGCCGGUAAGGCUCUGAUCGUGUCGAAAAUCGCUCUGCUGCUGGCCGGUAUCAUCGGGCUCAAGAAACUGGUCGCCAGUAAACAGCAGGGCGGCGGUGGUGGUGGCUGGUCCAGCGGAGGCUCUGGACACGGAGGAGGCUGGGACAGACGGUCCGCUGAUCUUGCCGCAUCGGCUGCUGCAGCACAGAACUUGGCUUACAAUGCGUACACCAAGAAUCAAGCGUAAUCCUAUAUAGUCCAAUGUUUGAAAGAAACAGCGAUGUUCCCGGAAUUCGUUAUUUGUUGAUUACUACUACUACUACUACUACUACUACUGCAAAUGCAACUGCUACUACCGUUGUUCGUGAAACCAAGAAACCAUAGAAAAACGUUGACCGCAGCUCGCACAGCUGCACUUGCCGGAUGAGAAACGCCGUUCACUGUCGAGUUCGAGGACGAUCAAACUAUUUAUUUAUUUAUUUAUUUAAAUUAUUAGGAACACAGACAAAUCGAAAAUCAGCAUGAACUCCAGUUCUCAUCCUAUUGAACACUGACCCGCUCUUUCACCCGCACUCACGGUUGGAUACUCUUCGCCAAGAGUUCUUUGAUCUUUCCACCGAUGGAAAGCAGAUAAACUUCGCAUUUCUAAUGAAUUCACCUUUGGCUGAAAGCCAUUGUAACAGUCUUCAUUUUCCAACCAUUUUUUCACGCUAUCUAGUCCUAAUCUACAUACAAUCGUUUUCCAAACCAUCAUCUAAGUGUAUACUAUUUUCAACAACACUUAUGCUCCUAUUUGGUUUCCAAUUUUAGACACACAAUUAUCUCACCCUGUUUAUUGUUCACCCACCGAUGACUGCUCUAUUCUGCUGAUAGUUUCCUCUAUAUUUCAUAAUAUUUUCGAAUAUAAACCUAACCUCCCUCCUCUCCAUAAACCUCCUCAUUUAACAAUCACUUUGACUUAAUCUGACGUUCGCUAUCAGCUUAAAAUUUUAUUUUUAUUUCUGCAAUGAUUUCUAUUUUUACCUGCUGAACAUAUUUUUCUAUCUUCACUUAGCUAUUACUUGAUCCUUACCUAUUAGUCUAUGCUAGAUUCCUUUUACAAAUGAAACUUAUUUUUCUUCUUUUUAUAAAACACAUUACUGUCCUAAAAAGAUUUUCACAAUUCUAUGAUCAUUUCCCCAUCCCAACUAUGACCCCACUAGGAAAAUCUCGACUCAUCAGAAUUUCUGUUUUUUUUUUUCAAGUGGCUAUCAACCUAUUGUGAAACCUUCUAAGUUGACAUCUUCAUAACUACCAACCCUAACAUAGCUUCUAACGCAUUUCAAUCCUCAGACCAACUUUCCCUUCUAUCCUUCCCUAACUUAUAGUGUGACCGUUCCGCGUAAUCUUAAAUACUAGUACUAAAAUAUCCCUCCCCAAACUAACUGCUGAUAUUUUCCGUAAGGAGUCGCCAGCUGAGAAAAGUAUGUUAAAUUAACGCAAAAUAUGUUUUUGUUGAGGAAAAAUAAGAACUAGAAAACAUGGGAAAGCCCUAAUAAAACGGACGAAAAUGACCGUGCGGAAUUCGCGAACCGCACGUGGGCCCCUCUCCAGACACGAGGUGGUUUUGCUAUUCUUGUUGAGUAUCUAUAAGUUGUAUUGUUAGAUAGAACCCUCCGCUCGUUGCAAACGAGACGGAGAAAACUUGUUGAAGUUAGAGAAGUGAAUAAAAAGAA